AUACUUCCUUAUGCUUUUAUAGGUUUACCUGUUGAAGUGUCAGUACAACUUCAUGUGGAGUCCUUCGGAAAUAUUCAUGAAGCCGACAUGGUAAGAAAUAACAAGGGAUUCCAUAUAAGCAAAAUCAGAUGACCAAUCAUGUAGGCUAACCAGCGAUAUCAAACCUUCUGACACAUUGACAAAUUACAAGAAUAAAGCAAUUUUCAAUUGAUUGUCAAAAGCGUUGCGGGAUUUCAUUGUUUUAGCUAUGAUUAGUCCUGAAAACUCGCACUACUCUCUCAACCAAUCAGAUGCGGAACCACAAUCAAUCACGACUUAGUCACCACGUUUUCCCGCGCUUUAGGUGGUUUGGUUUUUUUCACUAAGAGUUCUCAUCGGCUCUUAAAGUUAUUUUCCUCUCUUCUGAUUGGCUGUUCUGUUAAUUUAAGUUUUGGUUUUACGAAAAGUUCUCUAAUGCUUUCAGAACAACCCUUCAGUCCAUCUUUGCUGAAUCUGCCGGAAAAGAAAAAACCUCUCUUGACUUUCUUUUUUAGGAAUUCCAAGUGUACUCUUACUUUAAGCAGAUUUGGACUGAUAAAAGACUGGCAGGGAGAAUCAAUCGUAGUAUCACCCUCAAGGGGUCUGACAUCAACCGUGUGUGGACUCCUGAUGCUUAUUGUUAUAACGCUCGAUUAACAAACUUGAUGUUACCAGACGCAGAAACGCACAGCAAAGUAUCCAUUAGUCCCGAUGGAGUGCUCGAAUACAGUAGAGGGUAUAUUUUGAAUCGUAGAGUCUAACUAGUUAAAGAUGCUGUUCGUGCAAUAGAUAUACCCUUCCAAGGAUGGCAAUAAUGAAUCUACGACAGACAGCUUUUUACACGGUCGCAGAUGGACAGUUAAAACAAAUAAAAAAUUGACGGUCGGUGUUUGGACAGAUAAAGGAGUCCUGUCCAAGAGUCUAAUAGGGAAGGAGGAAUAUGAAGAAAAACCAUGAGUAGUGUAACCAAGUUAUUCAUUUUCUUAUCAAAAUUCUUUCCAGGGUUUCAUUCACAGCAUCAUGUGUGAUGGACCUCCGCAGUUUCCCCCAUGACAGUCAAACAUGUCAUCUUAAGUUUGGAAGUUGUAAGUACUGAUUCACUGAUGACCGUCCAUAACUUAAAAAUUGAAUAAGUGGCAAACCGCGGACGAAGGGAAUGUCGAUCUUCUUGUAACUUCAUAUGAGAUGUGUUACUAGAUGAGUGCAUUAAAAGUAGUAUCCCACUUGUUUAUAUGAUAAUGAUGUGAUGAUCUCAUUAUUUACACUCCCUUCAUUUCACAUAUUAUACGCAACAACCAAUCAAAAUCAGCAAGUAAUUUUUCAUAUUUUCGGUGUUUCUGGUAAUAAUACCAUACAUUUACUAAACUGCAAUUUUGACUUGAUUCAAAUUUGCAUGUAUCGAAUCCGUAGUAACAUUCUAUGCGCACAUUUUGGAACUCUUAAACAGGGAGGUGAUUGAACUAAAAAGCAUGUAACCGUCUUAUAAUGCUCACGUCUGAAGAAAAAAAAAAAAAAAAAAAAAAGAAAAGAAACCUGAGUUAUGAAUAAUGAUGAAAACCUCGCUUACCAAUGUAUAUUCGAUGCUUCGACACUGUCCUAUGGAAACGGUCUGGGAUUUUAAAUUGAUCUACCACGUUGUAAGGUCAUGAUAAUUUCAAACAAAUUCUGUCUCAUCAACGUGACAAACAAGUGACUCAACCGCUUAUUUUCCAGAUGCCUAUGAUGAUAGUGACGUCAUUUUCAAGUGGUUAAGUGGGGAUGUUCACGUCAGUCGCGCUAAUAUGGCGCAGUUCAAGUUUCUGGGCGCAAUGUUUUCUGCUGACCUGGAUAGUUACACGGGUGGUAAGAUCAUGAAGAGUAAAAUGAAUCUUUUAGGAAACGGUUUAUAGACAUCUCUAGCUUCCUCCCUGUCACGCAAUGUUGCUAGAGCGUUUACGUGAUCUGAAGAAGUCAGAGCUGGUCGAAAUUAUUUCAACCCAUAGUUUCUACACUGAAAACUGGCAAAUUCUCCAUACUAUUCUAUUCACUUUUCCUAUGACAGGAAGAAUGUGUUUGACAAUCAAGACCUUAUUAAUUGAUACAGUGAGGAUGAAUUAGUCACUCUCAGGGAAUGGUUAGAACUCUUAGGGCAAAGAACACUAUCUACUAUCGAGACUAUUGAGCAAACGCUUCAAAGUAGAGCUUUCGAAAACGGUGAUAAACAAAUUUUCCCUCCUCUACAUAUUUCAUUAUCGUCUAUACAAAUUCUUUUCGUUUUUUUGCCAGUGAACUUUACUACCAUAACUGUCUCAUAUACGUUCCAGCGCCGCCUUGGCUACUACGUCUUACAAGUUUACAUUCCUGAUAUCCUGAUAGUCCUGUUAAGCUGGAUUGCGUUUUGGAUGAACCCAGAGAGGGCUGGUGACCGACUCACAAUCGGAAUCACCACCAUUCUGACCAUCAUGUUCCUGUCUGGGGCUGUUAAUGCUUCCAUGCCGCCAGUCAGCUACGCUAAAGCAGUAGAUUGGUAUCUUAUUACAUCAUUUGCGUUUAUUUUCCUCUCGGUUAUUGAGAGCUUGGCUGCGUAUGUGAUGUUUUCGAGGCCAGUUAAGAAAGAUAGCAGUUUUGAAAAAAACAGUGAGGUGAGUCCAAACGUUAACAAAGAUGAUGAAGUAAACAAUAACGACAACGACAGCGGCGUCGACGUUUUUGUCGUUGUUGUUGUUGUUGCUGUUUUUAUUGGUUCAGACCAAACUCGCCCUUCAUUACGAAAAUUACUUUAUUUAAGAAAUAUAGCACAGCAGAAAGCACGUUUUAUACAACUGGGACUGUUCACUUCGAUGCCUGAUGACAGGCAAAACUACGUUUUCUUUAUUUUUCUUGUAUGAAUAAGCGUGAUUGGGCUGACUCAUGGGAUCCCAUCUUAUAGUAAGUCAAAGACUGAGCAUCAGUCUAUCAUUACUCCAUUUUUGCUGAGAAAGUUUGUAGUAACCUUGCCCAGACCGUUUUUUAUAGAUUGAAAUUACUGAGAACGUUUGCGGCGGGGCAGAGAGGUUUAUAGCACCACCAAUGAACUGUAUAUAAAUGUCCCUAUAGCUAGUUACCUCCUUAAUGAUCGCGUGAUUUUGUUGUAGUUGUGCAACUGUCUCCGACAGAAACAUUCUUCCAUGAAGUAUUUUUAGUAGAAUUCAAUAGCACCAAAGUAUAUUAGUCCUUCACCUUGCAGAAAUGCCGUUCCCUUCCAUCCAAACUACUGCCAUGUCUUAACACUUACCGGCGAAAAGCUAGAGCCAAAAAGGGAAAAGUCCCUGAUGAAGACAAGUUUAAUGGGCUGACCAUGAACAUGGCAGUAAAGGACCAAUCACUGCCCCUGUCAUUGGAGGACAUCGCUUACAUGGAGGAGAGAGAGAGACGGGAAUCACUCAUACAACAGAGGAAAAAUAACGCAGUCCGAAUAGAUCGUGUGUCACGGAUUCUCUUUCCUGUGACAUUUGUCUGCUACACAGUUGGUUACUGGAUCAGCUACUCGUGA